CUCGAUGAAUCAUCGAUCAAACUUCAUAGGAACUGUUGGAUUUCCUCUUAAAUGGGCUACAGCUCCUGAGUGUGUAGGCGUGUAUUUUGGUUGCUCUCGUACGGAUGGCGUGUUUCAGCUGUGUAACUGUUAUAUAAUCCCCGCUGAAGCCGCCGUGCCCUGGCCGUGGUUCAGUUUCAGUUUUAAGAAUGCUGUUUCUGACUUGUUGCCAUGUAGGUCUCUGUACAUGCGUGUUACCUCACACUGUUUGCAACGCAGCCACUCCAGAGUUGCAGAGUCAUGUUGGUGUAGAAAUUCCUCCCCAGAAGCAGCAGCAGCAGCAGCAGCAGCACUUCCACGGGCUUUGGACGUAGAGCAGCAUGGAAACUCAUAGCGAAGCACAUUUUGCUUUUUAUUGUGAGGAGUGACAGAUGUGUUGGUUUCCUGACAGGACAGAAAACCUCCAGCGGUUGGACGAGUUACACUUUGACGGCUAUCUGUAGCUCCGGAGUUAAACGCCUGUGGUUGAAAAGCGGAUUUUCGGACGGCUGCAGAGAGACAAGACAUGUGGGGACAAGCAUCACUGCAGAUGGGGUCAUAGAAAUCUCUGCAGAUAUACAUCACAUUGUGUUGUUACACAUACAUGCCAACCACUUCUCCUUUUCCGGUGGCACACUGAAGCACCGAGGACUCUCUGUAAUUUCAGAAUGGAUUAUAUUGAAAACCCUGAAUCUGUAAAAACAAAACCUACAGUUAUGACAUAGUCAUGGUUUGACUGCUGCUGUGGGAACAGUCUUAUCUGGAUUCAUAAGAAUGAAGGCAGUCAUGUCGGAGCUCAGAUCUGUGGAUGAUGGACCAGUCUGCAAUUUUGUUUACCCUCUGUAUUUGUGCAGAAAGUCGUGUGAACUGAACUUUGAUGUCGCAACAAGCUUUUUCACUGGACUGUGUUAUCUGCCUGGUGGCUUUGGGUGGGAGGAUCGAUGGAUAGUAGACUACUCCUGUCCCUAAUUUCUUGGGAGAUGCCUUUCUGCUGAACAGAUUUUUGAGUUAAAUUUGGCAAAAUGGAGGAACUAAGAACAUCUGCUCACUGGAGCUUUUGCAUUAACCAAAGGAGUUUCCUCUUUUGAAAUCCUGACCCCCAUGGGGUAAGAACUAAACAAAGUUUGGGCUAUAAAAGACUGGAAAUCUGAAAAGGAUAAUCCCGCCAAAAAAGAAAGAAAAAAAACUGGAGUACUUCUUUACCACUCUAAGGAUGAAUUGCCCUUUGAGGAAGAAACGUCCCACGCGUGACUCUGAUUUCUCGGCUAUUGCAGUUCCUUCCAUGCAUGGAUCUGGGUAUCUUGACUACACAGUCGAGACCCAUGCAUCCAGAUCCCUCAAAGUUAUGGAGGAGUUCAGACAACAUGAGAUGCUGUGUGAUUUUGUGCUACACGUGUCAUACAAGGACAAGACAGUGGACUUCAAGGUGCACAAGGUAGUCCUGGCCUCCUGUAGCCCCUACUUCAGAGCCAUGUUCACCAGCAGCUUCAAAGAGUGUCGAGCCUCUGAGGUCACCCUGCGCGACGUCUGCCCCCAGGUGGUGGGAAGACUCAUCGACUUUGCGUACACUGGCAACAUCACAGUGGGAGAGAAGUGUGUGCUGCACGUGCUUUUAGCCGCAAUGAGGUAUCAGAUGGAGGAUGUGGCCAAGGCAUGUUGUGAUUUUCUCAUUAAGCACUUGGAGCCUGCCAAUGUCAUCGGCAUCUCCCGCUUUGCAGAGGAGAUCGGCUGCACGGAGCUGCACCAGCGGAGUCAAGAGUACAUCAAUACACAUUUUAAUGAGGUGAUAAAGGAAGAUGAGUUCUUCAGCCUCUCUCACUGCCAGCUGCUGGAGCUCAUCAGUCAGGACAGCCUCAAGGUGCUCUGUGAGUCAGAGGUAUAUAAGGCAUGUACAGACUGGGUCCGCUGGGAUACAGAGGGCAGAGCUCAGUACCUUCAUGCCCUCCUGAAUGCUGUUCACAUCUAUGCUCUGCCGCCAAAGUUCCUAAAGAACCAGCUGCUGUCCUGUCCCAUCCUCAGCAAGGCUAACUCCUGUAAGGACUUCCUGGCUAAAAUCUUCCAGGACAUGACACUGAGGAAGCUGCCUCCUGCACCUAACCGAGGAACUCAACUCAUCUAUGUGGCCGGCGGAUACCAGCAGCAUUCACUAGCCUCCAUGGAAGCUUAUGAUCCCAGGAGGAAUGUGUGGCUGAGACUGGCUGACAUGGGGGCCCCGUGCAGCGGUCUGGGAGCCUGUGCGCUGUUUGGACUGCUCUACACUGUUGGAGGAAGGAACCUGUCGCUUCAGAACAACACUGAGUCCAGCUCUCUGUGCUGCUACAACCCUAUGACCAACCAGUGGAGCCAGCGAGCCUCCCUUAACAUCCCCAGGAACAGAGUCGGCGUGGGUGUGGUUGAUGGAUGCAUCUACGCUGUCGGAGGCUCCCAGGGCUCCACACAUCAUAACACGGUGGAGAGGUGGGACCCGGAGUCUAACCGCUGGUCCUUUGUGUGCCCCAUGUCUGUGGCCCGUCUGGGAGCUGGAGUGGCAGCGUGUGGGGGGGCUCUUUAUGUAGUGGGGGGAUAUGAUGGGCAGAACCGGUGGAACACUGCUGAGAAAUUCCAGCCUGACACUAACACUUGGCACCAACUGGCACCCAUGAGCACCAUACGCAGUGGAUUGGGACUUGGAUGUGUGAACUCCUACCUCUACGCAAUAGGAGGAUAUGAUGGGCAGAAUCAGCUGUGUACUGUGGAGCGUUACAAUAUAGCCAGAAACCAGUGGGAGCCCCGAGCCUCGAUGCAGUACUGCCGCAGUGCACAUGGAGUCACCGUCCACCAGGGGCGCAUCUUUAUCCUUGGGGGCUUUAACCAGCAUGGCUUCCUGUCCAGCGUUGAGUGCUACUGUCCAGAGAGGAAUGAAUGGACUCGUGUCACAGACAUGCCUGUUGGGCGCAGCGGCAUGGGCGUCGCUGUCACUAUGGAACCCUGUCCCGGCAGCCUGCCAGAACAAGAGGAGGACGAGGACAGUGCCACAUAGGUGGGAAGAAAUCUGCUCAAAUCUCAAGUGUUGAAUACAGUCGUAAGUGGUGCUGCUUUUCAAGAGGGGAUGAAAAAGAAAAAAAAACAUUCCUGACAUAUCCCUGUCCUGUUGGAUCUUAUUUGUAUCCCACUGUGGAGUCCUGCAAGUAAGGUCUGUGUGGCAACAAUGAAGAGGAAGGAUAUUAUUUCUACAUCUGCUGGGGGAGCAGGUUGGAGAAAAACUGGAAGCAAGACUUAAACCCUCCAAUGAAAAAGGUGCUACAACUGUAAUCAUAAAGAUACUGGUACUAUUUAAUUAAAUAAUAUUAUUCCAAAGCUGUUUGCAAUCUCUUCCAUUGUUCAGUUUUAUUUUAUAAAUUUACAAGGAGAACUCUGAAAGAUUUCAGCGUGUUGAUUUCUUCUUCUUCUCUACCUCUGUCUGUCUAAAUGAGCACUUUUCUAGAGUGUCGUCUGAAAUUGUGCCAACAUAGUUUCACGCAGAACUGCCAUUUUUGUUUAAAUUUCAUUGAUCUUUGUUUGUGUGCACUCACUGUAUUUUAUUUUGUGUGUCUGAAAAUAAAGUUAACCAAGUGUUAGUGAUUAACAGAUGAUUUCUCACAUGUGCACUGAACUUGGUAAGCACAGUUGUGUUAUUACUGACCUCUGGUUAUUGCAGUUAUCUGGAUUCAUACACUGAAGUGUGUUGUGCAUGUAUGUAACAGCAUAUGCACCGCCACUAGAUGGUGGAAUUAGUCCAAAAACAGCUGUACGCCUCAACAUACAAGUGUUCUUUUUUUUCUUGAUAAACACUGUAAUGUUCUGUUUGGAUAAAUAUUAUUUUGUUAAUGCUUUAAAGCUCAGUUAGAACAAUUGA